AUGGAGUCUAAUUGGAUCAAGGUGUCACCAAGUUUAAGCAAUGGUCUAACAGUCGUAAAUGCGUUAGAAGAAACAAGGUUUGAACAAUUUCUUAAACGAAUUGUUAUGAAAUUAAAAGCCCAAGAAACAGAUAAUAUUUUUAGUGAAGAUGAGAGAAAAAAGUUAGAAAAAAUCUUUAAAGUUGAAACAGAUCAACUUUUAUUAGCAAUAAAAACUAUUAUUUACAUGUUUAAAAAGAUUUUCAAAUAUAUAUUUAUGCCAUGUAAUUUAAAAAUUGAUUUGACAAAUAUUGGUUUAAAAGGAGAGAAAGCAGAUAUAUUUGUAAAAAUAUGGUCAGCAGAAACAAAUAACACUCUCACUGAGUUGACUAAUAAAGGUGACCAGUUUGAUGAUGAUCCUGAUUUUUCUUGGAAAUUAAAUGCAGAAAUAAGCUCUAUUUAUCAUAAAAAAUGUAAAGUGCCAAAAGCUUACUUAAAAAUAAAUGGAGCCAGGAAUGACUUGGAGGUUGAGUUAACACACCCCGAACUUCAAUCAAUAUUUCUUCAAAUUGAAUCGAUACAAAAUGAAUUAGAUAAUUUAAUACUACCUUAA